GGCUCUUCGUGAUGCAACAGUACGAGGCUCCUCCUCUAUUGGUUUACGUGUUUGUUCAGAGGAAUCCGCCUUCCCCUGGACGGGGCUUUAAAAGUUCCUGAGUGAACGGUGACUUGUUUUUCUUCCAAACGCGGAGUAAGUGAGAUAACCGAGGUUAGAAAUCGAGAGAUUUGAGCUCACCUCCUUCCGUAAGGAAGGGACAGCCACGGAGCCAUGCGAGCACUACUGGCUCUGUGCUUGGCCUCGUUCCCGGGCCUGCUCUGGACUUCACUACUGUUCCUGGAGAGAAGCAGUAGCGAGUCAACCAUCUGUAAACUCGCACCGAACUGGAAGAUCCAAGGCCACUCUCCCAUGAAGGAGCUGUUGGGAAACGUGGUGGUGGUUGCGCUUCUGAAGGCCAGCUGACACUUCUGCCUCACGCAGGCUGCUAAACUGGGGGGCCUGCGUGACAAGCUGGCGAAGGGAAACCUGACCCACGUUGCGUUUAUGAUCGUAAAUGAACAGGACGCUCACUCCAGAGCCAUGUACUGGCAGCUGAAGAGACGGGCAGCAGAGGGAAUCCCUGUGUACCAACAGAGCCCACUGCAGGACGACGUUUGGGACACGCUGCAGGGGGACAAGGACGAUUUCUUAGUCUAUGACAGAUGCGGCCGUCUGACGUUUCACAUCAUGCUGCCGUUUAGUUUCCUGCACUACCCCUACGUCGAAGCGGCGAUCAGAGCCACGUACCUCCAAGACAUCUGUAACUGCACGCUGUAUUCAAACUCCAGCAGCAACAUGACCACAUUAAGAAGCUUUGAGCAAAAUAUGACUGAAACAGAAUCAACUAACGACAACAAGCAGCACCAACAUCACCAUCUUCAUCAUCAAGAUCAACAUCAUAUUCACAUUAAUAACCACAGCCAGAAUGGUUCCUCCCCAAAGCCAAUCAACACACAGACCACCAACACCAAGAAGGUGAAGGAACACAUUCACCGUCACAAAGAACAUCUCUCAAUUAUCCAAACGCACAGAUAAGAUUUGUUUUUUACAUACACAUCUGGACCAGGAUCAAGAACCGGGGCUUUAUCUAAAUGAUAUGGUUCCUCAUUUAUCUCUUUGUAUAGAGCUGAUAUAUUUUAUAAAUCAUUUUUUAGGGAAAAAAAGUGUGAUUGGCUACAAAUCGAUGAGCAGUUGAGAAUUACAGAGUCACCACUGUGGCUCUGGGAAUAGCACUCACAACCUUCAGCAGUCCAAUACCUUAAGAAAAAAAUUAAUAAAAUGUAUAUUACCGAUUAAGAGUAAAAAGCUGAGGUGCCUGUGAGCUGCAACAGCUGUAAUGUGGGUGUGGCUAAAUGUAAAUCUACAUCUAAAUCUAAAUGUAAUUUACGUUUAAAUUUAUCAUGAUUUGUUUGCAAAUACCGAGAGGUGAGAAGACCUGGGGUGCAGUCAGCGUUCACGUUCAAUCCAGUGGUGUUUAGUAGGGUUGGAGCUCUAUUGCAGGAGAUCUUCAAUUCCAAACCAUGGAAAGCAGAUGUUUAUUGAGCUGGCUUCAUGCUCAGGGGUAUUGUCAUGCUGGAACAGGUUUUGGGUCUCUUAGUUCGAAUGAAGGAAAAACAUCCAGAGACGUCAAAUACAUUUGUGUGCCACACAUGGCUGGAAAAUAUCAGGUGUCUCAAUACUUUUGGCCUGUAGUCUAUGUGUGUCUUUAUUUGCAAUAAAAUGUAGGUUUAUAUAAAUGUAAGUCUAUAACCAGCGUUCAGGCGGAGAAACGCUCGUCAUGGGUUCCUCCUCAAUGCUCUUAAUGAAGCAUGUACAUCAAACCCGACCCGGUAUGUGCACGUGGAUGCUGAGUCGAGGAGAAGCGCAUGGAGCACCAACACACGCUCUGUCUAAGAUACUGAGAACCGAGAACCUGUCACACUGAAACUGCUAAUGAACUGUUAUGAUGUUUUAUAUGGGGUUAUUUUGGAUUCUGUACAAUAACGUAGAAUAAUGUGAAGAUGCAUUGACAGAAAGAGCGAUGUGACAUGUGUUACUGCAUAAAAUACUGUUAGUAUAUUGGGUUUUAUAUAUAUAUAUAUAUAUAAAAUUAAAGACCAUUAGAAAAUGCCUUUUUUUUAAAGUUAAUACCAAAAAUAUACUGAUGAAUGCUGAUGAUUUGUUUCCCUAAAUAAAUUUUUUAUUCACUCA